AUGCUGUCUGACGUGGCACGCAUCUUUGACCCGCUGGGUGUCCUAUCGCCAGUGGUGGUACAAUUCAAAAUAUUGUUUCAAGAAUUGUGGCUUCUUGAUCUCGGCUGGGAUACGGAACUUCCUCCAAAAAUCGCUGAAUGGUGGAACAAAUGCCGUAACGACUUGAAUGCACUACAAGAGCUACGUAUGCCAAGAUUUAUUGACAACAAGGAAAAUCACAUCGAACUGCACGGAUUUUCGGAUUCUUCUAUCAAGGCGUAUUCGGCAGUUGCCUACAGCAGAUUAGUACGCGCGAAUGGUACUGUUUCUGUGUCACUCAUAGCAGGAAAAACCACAGUUGCUACUCUGAAGCAGCAAUCACUACCGCGCCUCGAGCUGUGUGGAGCUCUGCUACUUAGUCGACUAAUUUCUUCAAUCAAAAAUGCUCUACAACACAAGGACAUCGUCAUACAUGCGAAGCUUAAAACAUUUGUGGCAAACCAAACGACAGAAAUACUCGAUACUAUACCUCGCAAUGCCUGGCAUCAUGUAAAUACUAAGGAAAACCCUGCCGAUUGCGCCACGCGAGGCAUGCUGGCUGCAGAACUCAUUCAUUUCGACCUGUGGUGGAUGGGUCCUCCAUGGCUGCAAGAUCAAGAAAAACUCGAGGUAAAGUUGAGCUGCCUAAAGAUCUGUUCUUCUAUUUCAGAAAACCAUGGUAAAGAAGAGGUGAAGAUCACCGCACUGACUACUCAUGAGGUCAUCUCAUUGUCACCGAUCGAAGCACUGGCUCAGCGGGCCUCAUCCCGGACAAAAAUGGUUCGCAUUGUAGCUUACUCCCUACGCUUCAUCCAAGAGAUCAAGGAGGCUCAGAAAUGCUUCAAGAACGACUACAAUCUACUGAUGGAGAACAAGCCACUUCAGAGCAGCUCCCAGCUCAUCAAGCUUUCACCGAUCAUUAGCAAGGAUGGCCUUCUUCGAGUUGGUGGACGACUGGACAAUUCACAAUUACCAGCUGAUGUCAAACACCCAAUUUUGCUUCCCAAAUCGCACAGCAUUACAAGGAUGAUUUUGGAACACGAACAUGCGUCAAAUCUGAACCCUGGAAAAUUGGGUCUUUGGCGCACGCAACCUCAUAAGUAA